CUGAACUGUUGAAUUAUGGAAGAAACAAAGCUUACAAAAGACCAGAUUCUCCAGAUGAUGUUUUACAACACUAAGGAAGUCAUCCAGGAUCCCGGCCAGUUUGAUUACUUUCCUCCUCCCUUUGGUCAGGAGCCCCCAGAUGGGUGGUCCAUGCUUUCAAAGUCGAUUUUUCGGAAAGAUAAAACCUUAAUUAGAGCUAUAAAUAAAGUCCAAGAUACUCAGAAACUUCAUAAUGGGUCAUUUGAUCCUUUAGGAGGGAAAUCACCCAAGCCAAAAGUGGCUGUUCUCUCCAGACUUCCAACUUCGAGGAAAAGGACUAAAAGGAUGACAGUUAGAGAUAAAGCUUGAAGUACUGAAAAGCCAUCCAAAAAUACAAAUGAAGGGUCAACUAAUCAAAAAUUAGCCAGGCAGAGCCAUAGUGUGAAGAAAUCAGCAACAAGAGAGUCAGAAAACAUAUCAAAAUCAGCAUUCUUUAGGGACAUUUCUUGUCUUCUAAACUCUGAAAAUAAUAAUAAAGUAAAUAGUGGUUGGAACCUUAGAAAUAAGCAUAAAAUUAUUUGGAAAAAGUUCUUAGUGAAACACUCCCUGAAUCCAUCCAUCAAAAGUCAGAAUAAGGCAUGCUUAUUUGUACAACUGUAUUAUAGAGCAAAGAGAGGGGUGAAAUCAACCCCUUUUAAGAAAAGAGCAGCCAAAACUACUAAUAUUGCUUCUGGUAUUUAUUGUUACCGUACUAUCUUUCUCUAGAGCUUAUCAGGAGCCGGACUAAGAAAAGUCCUAAUUUUGGACGUUAUCAGACCCACAGAAUUACGAAAAUUAAGACUCAAACUGAAGAAAAUAAGGACGAAUCUCUUAAAUUAGCCAAAACUGACAAACACCCUUCUUGAGAGCACCGUCAAUCUAAAGAUAGUAAGAACAAGCCAGCUUCAGUCUUCAUGAAAUAUCUCUUGAAGCCUAAACUCAAGCAAAAAUUUGAGAAGAAUAAAUGAAAGACUGCUAGUAGAACUAUGGAGAGCAGCGUCGCUCAUUCUCAGUAUUCACUGAAUCCAGGCAACCAAACUAGGAUUAGAAUUUGGGAGCCGGUCAACAAGAACAGGUAUACUCCAAAGACAGCCAACACCAUAUCAUUUGGGGCUCCAUCAGAGCAACCAUUUACUCCUUCAAAUCAAGUCAUGUCUACUCAGAGCGAGGUUAGGGUAAGAAAGAUCGGGUCCAAGAGAGAAGAAAAACGAGCCCAACAUAACCAGAGACUCAGAGGUAUAUACCGAAUAAAGACUAUUCAAUAGAGAUAAAAUAUUUCGAAAACAAACAAAAACCCGCUAAAUCAACCUAUUUUAUUCACUCUAUUUUCA